CGUGCCUUGUCAGUGGCGUUAUGAAGUGUUUACCUCUGUGAAGAGAGCUGCAGGAACGAGCUCGAAAAGUUUAAGCCGAGCGCAAUCAGAUUAUUAUUAACUCAGAAGAUUUUCAGAUGCGUGUUAAUUUUGUGUCGCCUUAAAAUUGACGAAUCGCUCGAUUUUUGGACAAAAGGAGCAGCAGCGCUGUGUUUCCAGUUUGAUUACAGAGAGCUGAGCGCGCGGAGUUUCUGAACAACUCUCUGUGUGGAAACAGACUUUAAAACAGCGGCUGAAUGGCGGCGGAGGUGGAAGCGUGGAGCUGCGCAGCUCAGCGCGACGGUGUGUUGUCAGUGGGGGCUGAGCUGGAUGGAGAGUCGGAGUCAGUGUAUGAUGAGGAACUGAUUGAGAGUGAGGUGAAUGGGAACUGGACUCCACAGGAAAAGGCUCUUCAUGAGGCUCGGCUCAAAGCUAAGGCUAAACGUCGCCUCAGGAAGUCAUCCUCACGUGACUCCACCCAUGACUCUCUGUCUGAGUGCGUGAGUGGGGAAGCACCCAACCCUCACAGCCCUAAAGGAAAAACACAAACACAUGACAGGAAGUCCCGCAUGGGAAAAGGACGAGGACUGCCCAAGAAAGGUGGAGCGGGGGGGAAGGGUGUGUGGGGAGCUGCUGGUUUGGUCUAUGAAAUGGAGGAGCCAGACUGUAAAGACCCAAACUAUGAUGAGUCUGCACAGGGGGACACAGUGUAUGCCACAGUGGUUCCUGAGCUGGAGGAAGGAGAGCUGGAGAAGGUCAUGAACCCCAUCAUACAGGAGUACUUUGAACAUGGAGACACUAAAGAGGUGGAGAUGCUCCUGAAGGACCUGAACCUUGGACCCCGCCAGUGUGUCUUCCCCUCUCUGGCGGUGUGUCUGUCUCUGGAGUGUAAAGCCAGUCAGCGUGAGCUCACGUCUCGCCUGCUGUCUGACCUCAUCACCAAGCAAGUCAUUAAUGAGGGCGAGAUGACGACUGCCUUCAACCACACACUCUCACAGCUACCUGAGCUCAUCUUGGAUACACCGGAUGCUCCACAGAUGCUGGGUCAGUUUAUUGCUCGAGCCAUUGCUGACCACGCCCUUCCCAUGGACUUCCUGGACCAGUACAAAGGAAAAGUGGACUGUGAACAUGCUCGGGCAGCUUUGGACAGAGCAUCAGUCUUGCUGUCCAUGAAAAGAGAGACUGUGCGAUUGGAUAACGUGUGGGGUGUGGGCGGUGGCCAAAGACCUGUUAAACUUCUUAUCAAAGAGAUGAAUCUGCUUUUAAAGGAGUACUUGGUCUCAGGUGAGCUGUUGGAGGCAGAUCAUUGUCUGCGUGAUCUCGAGGUUCCACACUUCCAUCAUGAACUCGUCUAUGAGGCUGUGUUGAUGGUGUUGGAAUCUCAUGGAGAUGCAGCGAUUCAGCCUAUGGUGAAACUGCUGCAGUCAUUUUGGAAGUCUGGACUCAUCACACUGGACCAGAUGAACCGGGGCUUCCAGCGUGUGUAUGAUGAGCUCCCAGAGAUCAGCCUGGAUGUUCCUCAUGCUCACUCCAUCAUGGAAACAUUUGUGGACGUUUGUCAUCAGCAAUCCAUCAUCACAAAGCAGCUCAGAGAUGCCUGCCCCUUCAGCAGGGGGAGAAAGCGCUUUAUGAGUGAAGGAGAUGGAGGGAUCAUUAAGAGCUGAAGAUGAAGUGGAGAGAACACGCGUACAUGCACACAGUUGAGCUUUAAGGUGGGAUUUGGGCGGAGCUUAAUUUGAGCACAGUUAAUUUGCAUGUAAAACAAAUAAACACUUAAAAUGCACAGCUAUGAUUACAUGCUGAUAGUCAAACUUUUUUUUGGCAUCUGAAGUUGCAGUAAGUAUUGAGCUUUUACUCAGGCAUUUAUAUGUGCGUGUGCGUGUAGAAUGGUCUUGGCAUGAAACACGUUUUCACACUGUGUAUUACAAAAAGAAAAAAAUUAAAGAUUUUCUGCAUUUUC